UGGAGAUUAUGUCGUACAAGAUGCCGUUAAGGCUAACACCGUCUUAUUCUGCUGUCAAUUCCCCCAAAAAAGCUUUGCCCACUCAAAACCCUCUCACCCGAAUCAAAUCCCUGAUUCGGAUCAUCAAUUUUACCUUGAGCCCUAGACUUGAGAAUUCUAACCUAACGCUUCUUCUUUCUGAUUCGUUAAUCCAGAGCAAACGAAUCGGACACCAAUUCGAUGUGUUUUUACUGGUGAUUUGAUAAGAAAUGUCUGAAACUGUAGCUGAAAAUGUGUUUUCGUAUCUCCCCGAUGAUGUAGUUCUUAACAUAUUCCUCAAGCUUGUUGAUGAUCCGCGUAACUGGUCGCGUCUCGCUUGCGUUUGCACCAAAUUCUCAUUUCUGAUGCGCACGAUUUGCUGGAAGAACAAAUGCCAUCAAAUGAUCCCCGCCGUCGUCUUCAAUCUUCUCCCACCAGACGCCUCCGUCAAUUCAACGGUAUCUCCUCCAGGCGGCUGGGCGUCGCUGCACAAGCUCGCCGUCUGCUGUCCUGGCCUCAUGCAUUCCGGUGUCCUCCUCGAGAAUUCCGAUUUCGGACUGGAGCGUGAACUAGGUCCCGACGAAAACUUUCAGGAAACGAAAUUGUUUCAGAUAGAUCAAGGUGAGACUGAGGUAUGCGAAGAAGAAGACACAAAAGCUUCGGCUGUUGUUAAAACAGCUUGUGAUUUUGCUGUUUGUAAGAGGAGAAAGAUGUGUAGAUCUUUUACGUCUCAUUUAGCAUCUGAGGGUUGGAAUUUCAGCCGGGAGCAAGGAAACAAGCUGUUGGCUAGUAGGUUUAGAGGCGAUUGUUUAUACAUUUGUGAUUGGCCUGGUUGUGUUCAUACUGAGGAGAAGCGAAAUUACAUGCUGUUUCGGGGUGUUUUUAAGAAUUUCAAGAAAUCUAGGGUUUGGAGGACCAUUAACGAUGGGAAUCGUAGCAAGAUUGAUCUGAAUUGUGCAUUUUGUCCUAGCAAUGAGGUGUGGGAUUUGCAGUCGGCUUUCUGUUUGAGGCCUGCUUAUGGAUUCCAUGAUGAUGGGGAGCCAGUUGUUCGAGCUUAUGUCUGUGAGAAUGGACAUGUGUCUGGUGCCUGGACUGAUUGGCCAUUGUACACUUGAAGAUAAGUAUUGCCUUAUUUUUCUUUAACUUCAUCUCUAUUAAUUAGAUUGUUAAUUGCUUCAAGCAUCCCAUGCUUAUAUCACUUCCUUUAUGUAUUCGAUUCUAUGUUAUCUGAUAAUUACUUUUGGUCUGUAAUUGCACCUAUGAUAUAUUCCUUAAGUUCAACUAUGUUUUUUUAAUCAAAUUAACAAAACCUUGAUAUAAUUUUGCUAGGAGUUGAUGAUCUCUAUUUUUUUAGAAGAUCUGGAACUCGUUUAUUGAUUGCAUGAUCCAGUUUCCUAUCAACAAUGAGAACUGAUUUGUACACAAUAGUUUCUUGUCA